AUGAAUCAUUCUGAGCAAGAAGCUGCUGUUCCAGCAACAAGACCACCUUCAGCUUCACCAGCUACAGGUAAUAAAAAGCAACAUAUUCAAGAAGAACAUGACCUAAUUUCUCAAGCGCUUAUUGGCCAAGUUAUCAAACCAAAAGAAAUUGUAGGCGGAGUACCAAUAUGGUCAUAA